AACAGGCGUUUCUUUAACCUGCUGUUUCGUUGCGUAAUUUUGAUUGAUAUAACAUUAGUGUUUAACAGAUACCGAAUUGCUACCUUCAACAGUACGUCUUACUUCUAAAAGGCAUUAAAUUACAUUGCAUGAACUGAAAUAUUUUUUGAUAAAAAAUAAUAGUACCAGUUGAUAAUAUGGUGAAGUCAAGUGUAGCAUUAUUGUGUAAAAGUACUUUGAAAAAACGCAAAAUCAAUGAAGCAUCAGAAAAGUAUUUAAAACGAAUUACACAUUUAUAUUUGAAUGGUAAAAAUCUAGAUGAACUGGGUCAUGAAAUUGCACUAUGUCAACGUUUAACUGUUCUCUACUUAUAUGAUAAUAAAUUAAAAUCCAUACCAAAAUAUUUAGAUUUAUCUCAAUUGACAUGUUUAUAUCUUCAAAAUAACCAUAUAAAUCGUAUAGAAAAUUUAAAUUCAUUGCAAAGAUUAGAAAAACUUUUUCUUAGCCGAAAUUAUAUCAGUAUCAUUGAAGGUUUGGAAGGAUUAAAUCGUUUGCAAGAAUUACGUAUUGACAAUCAAAAUUUGGAUCCAGGAGAAAGUUUAAUCUUUGAUGAUCGUAGUUUAAAUUCUAUCGCUAAAAGUCUUAUCUGUUUGGAUGUAUCAGGUAAUAAACUGGACAGUUUGCAAGAUUUAAUUAAUCUACAUGCAUUAAUCUCUUUAAAUGUAUCGAAUAAUUGUCUACAAUCGAUUGAUGAUUUGUCUAUAUCAUUAAAUAAUUGGUCAAAUCUUAAAGAGCUCUAUAUACAAGGUAAUCCUGUUAUGAAAACCAAUCGAUCAAGAGAUAUUAUUAUUGUAGCUGCAAAAAGUUUAGAAGUAUUAGAUGGUAAAGCAAUAUCUGAAUCAAAUAGACAAUUUUUAGAAAAUUGGAAUCAACACAAGUGUUUUAAUGUUGAAUUAUCAAAAUGUUCUAGAAAUAAUCAACUCACGCUUGAUUCGAAACCGAAACUCACAGAUUCAAUAAUAAUACCUGAAGAAUUUGCCAAACAACAUUCUUCAAUAAGUGGUGAAUUACGAUGAGUGAUGAGCGAUGACCAAUAUGUAUAUGUUGAAUUGUUUUUUUUCUUGAAAAGUUAUUGAUUUUUAUUUCAUUUCUAAGCUGCUACAUGUUGAUCUCUUUCUUUCAAUCAAUAUUUAUAUCAAUAAAUCAUUUACAUAAUUUUCAAAA